UUUUAGUCUAGUUUUAAGUUAAAACAAAUCUUUAUUUAUUUAAUAUAUACCCACAAAUCCCCGUGCCCAGUAAUCAUCAGCAUUUUAUAUUAUCCUUGCAAAAAUGUAGUGCACAUUUAGGAUGUUACUUUUAAUCGUAAACAAAUCUCUUAUCAGUACCAUAUCAUGGGUUUGAUAAACGAUUAACUGACUCAUAAGUACUCAUGGCAUCAAGUAAAUCAUUGUUUGAGCAUCAAGAUGCCUACUUGGUGGAGAUGCUGGAGCAAAACAGCAGAAGAUAAAAAAACUAGCAUUACAAUAUUAGAUUUGAGUCAUCAGUCUUUAAUAGAUGUACCUAAUGAUGUAUUUAGUCAUGAACGAACGUUGGAAGAACUGCACCUCAAUUCCAACAGGAUUUACGAUCUUCCCAGACAACUGUUUUUAUGCUUGGGUUUGAAAAUACUAAAUGUUUGCGACAAUGAUCUCACAAGGAUUCCAAAUGCAAUACAAGAUUUGAAAAAUUUGAGCACUUUAGACUUAAGCAAAAACGCCAUAACUAUUAUACCUGAUUUGAACCAACUGCAGCAUCUAAAUAUAUUGAAUUUAAGUUUAAACCCUUUGGACAGAAUUCCAGAUACGAUUUAUAACACAAGCACCUUAACAGAGUUAUAUUUGAAUGAUACGAAUUUAACAUAUAUUGUAGCAAAUAUUGGAAAGCUUGUAAAUUUAUCUAUUUUUGAAAUACGUGAAAACAAAUUAACAUCACUACCUGAGUCAAUAUGCAGAUUAAAAAAAUUAACAAGGCUAGACGUUGGUCAGAAUGAAUUAACAAAUUUGCCUUCUUCCUUUGGACAAUUAUCUAGCCUAACAGAAUUAUCAUUAGAUCUAAAUUAUUUAGAAUGUCUACCAGAAAGUUUAGCAAAACUAAGCCAUUUAAUACAUUUGGAUGUCUCAUUUAACAAUGUAACAAAUUUAGAUAAUGAUAAUGAAGAAAAUCAAGAAAUUAAUGAAGAAAUAUCACAAACAACCAAAUUAAAAAAGCAAAAACAAAAAAUUGAAAGUGUGCAGAAUAAAGAUGUUAAUAAGAGUGCAAUACAAACUUUAUAUUUAAACAAUAACAAUUUAAAUUAUUUACCUAUGCUAGUUUUUAAUAUGUGCAAUUUAGUAACGUUACGUGUUGAAGGGAAUUUUUUAACUACUAUUAGUCCACAGAUUGGAAGAUUGUUGAAUUUAGAAGAACUUUGUUUAAAUAGCAAUAAUUUAACAUCAAUGCCUGGAACUUUGGGAUUGUUAAAAAAGUUAAAAGUUCUGAUGUUAGAUGACAAUUUAUUAGAAUGUUUACCGAAAGAAUUAAGUUCCUGUGAAGACCUAAGUAUCUUAUCAGUACGCAACAACAAACUGACUCAUCUUAUCUCAGACCUAGGACACUUAUCAAAAUUGAGUGUUUUAAAUGUUGCUAAUAAUCGUUUAAGGCAUCUGCCUGUAACUAUUUUACUUUUGGAUAAAAUAAAGGCUAUAUGGCUCAGUGCAACGCAGAGUAAGCCUUUAGUACCGCUUCAAAGAGAACAUUAUGGGGACGAAGUUGUGCUCACUUGUGUUUUAUUACCUCAAAUUGAUACUACUCCAACAAUGGCAGCUAAUAUUGAUAAGUCUGACAAAAAAGAAGCUGAGAAUUUUACUGUUUUGAGCACACCAAGUAAACACAUAAAUUUCGCAUUGGAUGCAACGGGAGAUACCGUGAAAGAACCAUCAAGUCAAAAACAAUCACUAAAAUUAAACAGGUCUCCUACACCGUACCCAAAACAAUUAAAACAAAUGGCUAAAAAUCUCAAAGCUGGAAGCAAAUCAUCCUCAAGUUCGGAAAUCAAAGAAGCAAGAAUUAUAACAUCACUAGAGUCUUCCAACUUAGACAAAUUUGAUUCAUUUGUUGUUUAUGAACAGAAUGUCGUAAUUCGCCAAGCAAAAAACACAAAAUCAACAGAUUUGCUUGAAAAAAAUUAUGAUGGCACAGAUGUGGAGUCUACAAGCAAUUGCUACAACACUAAUUUCUAUGGUGAUAUGAAUAGAGAUUUAACACCUGUAAUAUCUACUGAAACGGUCGGCAAUUAUAAUAAUGAAGAAGCGAAUAACUUUUUUGUCAGAGAACCAAGUGUGCAUCAGGGAUUGCAAGAACAAAUGUUUAAUCAUGAAGACGCUCAAGACCAUGUUGUUUUGGAACAAAGUGUUCCGGAGCAACUAAUUGAAAAUCAAAGAGAAAUGUUGUAUGGUCAAGAUAUGCAACAAAAUUCUUAUCAGCAAUUUAAUGAUGUGACUAAUGAAAAUUCUAUGAGGAGAUUUGAUGAACAAAGUAAUAUUUCACAGGAAGAUGCAAUUGAUGGAUACCCAUCCAAUACAAAUCAAAUUUUUGAUAAUUCUCCCAACCUUGUAAAUGGAUCCAACGAUUUAUAUGUUGAAGACAAUAGAAAUUUAUAUGCAAACCGCAUGUGCAUACCCCAACCAGACCAAAUACACACACAAAACUUUCCAAGUAAUGAAAACUACAUAUACAACGACUAUCAAAGACCAGCAGAAAACAAACCGGUACCACCACCGUACCACAUUGCUAGAAAUUAUUCUAAACACGCAAAAUAUUAUGAUGUUCUACACUCCAAAAUAGAUAAUACAAAAAAUAAUGAAUACAAUGAUUAUCCCUUGCUUGAACAAACUAAUUCAGAUAGUCCUAUAUCGAUAACAAGAAGUCAAAUUGAGACACCAAUUUCUAAUGUUGAAGAUGACCGGCAUAGUAUUAAAAAUUUCGUUGAUAACCAAACGCAAAGACCUUAUGUUAUUAAACCCAAGGCACAUAAAUUGACAACGGAACAUGGUGAUUAUCAUUUUCUUAUACAAAAUAAAUUUUCUGAUGAAGUUGAAAAUAAUGCUAAUAUACCAGAGGAUACAACAAAUGAUUUUAAUCAUCAGAAUAUAAAUACACAAUCAGCAACAAAUAUAAAUGAUAAGUUUAUUAAACCAAAAAGUACUUGGAUGUUUGGUCAACACAAAAAUGUGAAAGUGGUCAAUUGCAAUAUAUAUAACAUAGAUUUUAAUAUCGAACACGGGAAAGAUCAGGGUUUAUAUGUAAAAACAUGUGAUGUUAAUAGUGCUUUACAAGUCGGUGACAAAUUAUUACAAAUUGGAGAAGAAAGUGUAUGUCAAUUAUUGAGUAACAUUAAAGAGACUGAAAAUAGUUUAUCAAAAAUUAUGUUAUUGUUAAAUCAAAUUCCUCGUCCUUUUCAAGUUUUAGUAUCGAGACAAUCUUAAAAGUGUUUUUAUAGUAU